CGCUGCUCCGACCAUUUGAAAGGGGGCGUUUCGACCUGGGCACCAUGGCCAUGCAUCGUAGCGGUCGUAGCGCAGCCCUCCUCUUGGCAUUGGCAAGCUGCUGCCUUCAGCUCCACCUCAGCGCCGAACGCUCAAGGCCUGUCUUCACGCCGCCCUUGCGCGGCCGCGCGCGGCUCUUUUUGGACACGGCGGACGUCAAGGCCUACGAAGAGUUGCUACCCUUGGGCUUGUUCAGCGGUGUCACCACCAAUCCCGGGAUCCUGUCAAAGGAUAAAGUCUCCUGCACAGUGGACUCCCUCAAAAGUCUGGCGGAGAAAGCCUUGAGCUAUACGGAUGAGUUCAUGUGUCAAAGCUGGGGCAAGGAUGAAACGAACUUUUAUGAGACCGGCCUCAAAUUGGCCGAUAUCGACCGCGAGAAGGUUGUGGUGAAGGUCCCAGCCACUUUGGAGGGAGUCAAGGCAGCGAAGCGCUUGUUGGAAGAUGGCGUGCGCGUGUGUCUGACCGCCUGCUACAGUGCCAAGCAAGCGCUGAUCGCAACGGGCUUGGGCGUGGAGUACGUGGCACCCUACCUGGGUCGGAUGAACGACAACCGCAAGGAUGGCUUCGAUCAAUGCUACAAGAUGCACGAAAUCGUUGGGGGCAUCGGUGGCAAGACCCGGGUUUUGGUGGCAUCGCUGCGGGAUGUGGUGAACAUGCAGGUUUUGGCGCAGAAAGGACUGGAUACCUUCACCUUUUCUCCCAGGGUGGCCACGCAACUCCUGGAGGAACCCCUGACAGACAAGGCCGCCGAAGAGUUCGAAGACUUCGUGUGAUGCCACUAGUGACGGCUGCCCCAAGCGGAGAGGGUUCGGGGAGACCAAGUGUUUGUCGUGGUUCGGUGGUACCGGGGCU